AUGGCGUUGGACAACAUCGGUGAAUCACAGGAUGAGAAGAAAAUCCUUAUUAAGAAGGAUGCAGAGUCAGAAUACAGUGGCGAGGUUGUCGAGAGCACAAAUAAAAAAGAAUCCAAACUGAUAUUGUACCACUGGACGCAGUCAUUCAGCUCUCAGAAGGUGAGACUGGCAAUAGCAGAGAAAGGCCUUCAGUGUGAAGAAUAUGAUGUGAGUCUGCCUCUGAGUGAACAUAAUGAGCCCUGGUUCAUGCGUCUAAACCCCUCUGGAGAGGUUCCUGUGCUUGUUCACAAUGACAAUGUAAUCUGUGACCUCACACAGAUCAUGGACUAUUUGGAGCACAACUUCUGUGAUGAGCACACUCCCAAGCUGAUCCCAGAGGAGGGGAGCAUUUAUUAUCAUAGAGUGCAGCAUUACCGGGAGCUGCUGGACUCCCUGCAGAUGGAUGCCUACACCCAUGGGUGCAUCCUCCAUCCAGAGAUCACCAUAGACUCCCACAUCCCAGCUUACGCCACCACACAUAUACGUACACAGAUUGGAAACACAGAGUCUGAGCUUAAGAAGCUAGCAGCAGAGAAUCCUGAACUUAAAGACGCUUACAUUGCAAAACAGAGACGCUUGAAGAGUAAGUUGUUUGACCAUGAUAACAUGAAGUAUUUGAAGAAACUUCUGGAUGAACUAGAGAAUGUUCUGGAUCAAGUGGAGACAGAGCUGCAGAGGAGGGUUGAGGAAACACCAGAAGAGGGCAGUCAGCAGGCUUGGCUCUGUGGAGAGUUCUUCAGCAUUGCCGAUGUCUCCCUCGCUGUCACCAUUCACCGGCUCAAGUUCCUCGGCCUGUCUCGUCGGUACUGGGGAAAUGGAAUCCGGGUCAACCUGGAGACAUAUUACGAGCGUGUCCUGAACAGGCCCACCUUCCGCAGAGUGCUCGGACAUGUCAAUAACAUCCUCAUAUCUGCUGUGCUACCCACUGCAUUCAGGGUGGCAAAGAAAAAAGCUCCAACCUUUGUCGGUGCCACUUUGUUGAUUGGAUUGCUAGGGGGCGCCACUUACUUGGCUUUCCAUUAUUUCAAAAAGAGACUUCUUGUGGCAUGAAAACAGCCAUUAGGACUCAUUCAACAUUGCUCUGUCUUGACUUGGUCAUGUACAUGUAUUACAUUUGGCUUUUGCAUGACAGUUAUAUUCAGUGAAGUCUGUUGCACAAGAAGCAAUUUUCUGCCACAAUAUUAGGCAAAGCAGUUUAAAAACAGACAAAUGCAUCUUUGCAGUCAUACUGCAUGUUUAUUUAAAUGUAAUUAAUAGCUUUACUUCAUACUGUAGAAUCAUUCAUGGCCAAUAUGCUCUUGGUUAUAGCAGGAUUACAAAUGUCUAUGCUCCUCUUUUGUUUUCUUAGCUUAGUUACUUAUGCUUGACUGGCUAUGUUGAUUACCGUGCUGGAAAGAAGUCACAAUUACCGAAGAACUGACUACAGUAACCUUUUCACAUUGAUGUAUUUAGAAUGGUAAUUGGUGUCUGUUAAGCACUGGUAAAGUUCAUUAAUUCCAAAAUGCUUUUCACUAGAUAAAUCAAAGUAUAUCCAAUAGCAACAGUCCUUUGUCUGUACAGAAAAGUCAAAUAUAAUAAAGAGUAUUUCUCGGUUAAGUCGAUGUAUGGUUGUGCUUUGUUUGAAAUCAGUAGACCUACUGCAAGAAAGUUGCAACUUGUGUGAAGCUAAACAGAGGUGUAUUACAUUGUCCAACAAAAACUUAUAGGCACAUUGUUUUCUGUUGGAAGUAAUCUGGACUGCAUAAAUGU